GCUAUUUCUCAAUGAUCAGCAAGAUCGAUACAGUGACUUUUAUAUAGAUAUGUCGUGUAUGUCGGAACGUGGAAAGAGAUUACAAAACUUCAACACUAUACUUUCCGAUGCUUGGUUAAAAAUACUCCAGGAUGGUUUUCACAAGUUUAAGAACCCAACGGGGAUUAUCAAUUUAGGAAUGAGUGAAAAUAAAUUAAUGUAUGAUGUCUUAAAGACAAAGUUUGAGGAGUCAUGUGACAUCGAGGAACAUCAUACUCAUUACUGUGACUUUGGAGGACUAUCAGAGUUCAAGAGAGGGAUAGCAGACCUUUUUGAUCACAUGAUGAAACCAGUAGAACCAGUCGAUCCAAGCAAUUUGUUAAUUCUAAAUGGAUGUUGUUCAGUAGUGGAAGCAUUGACUACAGUAUUGACUGAUCCUGUAGAGGGUAUUCUCAUUCCUUCACCAUACUAUGGUGGGUUUGAUGCUGAUCUGUCCAUCAGAGCACAAGCCGUACCAUUUCCUGUCUAUCUUUCUAGCAAGCCUCGACCAGGACAAACCCAACCUUUUGAACUGACAGUUGAUCAACUGGAGAGAGCAAUGAAAGAUGCUAAAGAGCAGGAUGUAACAAUACGAUGUCUUCUUCUGACCAACCCUAACAAUCCACUAGGAAACAUUUACUCUGCACAACAGCUACAGAGCUACUUGGACUUUGCUCACAGGCAUACUCUUCAUGUGAUACUAGAUGAGAUUUAUACUUUAUCUAUAUUCAAGGAGGGACAUUCUAUGAAAAGUAUCUUAAGUUUUACCAAUAUACCAGACAGACAACGUCUUCACGUGGUAUGGGGGUUCAGUAAGGAUUUUGGCAUAUCUGGUUUUCGUUGUGGCGUGCUCCACACAUGGAAUAAGCAAAUACUUGAUGCUCUCAAAUGGGUGGCUUAUUUCCAGUCCGUUCCCACCUCGACCCAGGUAAACUCGCCCUAUCAUUACCACAGCUAUUCCAAUCUUGAGUUUAUCGCUGUUUUGUAAGCGUUAUAGACCCCUUGCGCUGAGUCCCGAGAGGCUUUGUUCUAGGGGACGAAAUAAUGGAUUUUUUUUCCUGCAUAAGAAAAGACGGCCUAUUGUUUUGUCCCCCAGACAUUUCCUUUAGGAAAUCAAACUAAGGGGUCUAUUGCCACAUUUCUGACGUAAGCAAGAAUUAAGUAAUCAACGCGCGCGUAUGUCGGUUAAAUGUGAUAUGAAUAUGUACGCUGGCAGCUGUAGAGGUAGAAGCAUUUUGUAU